UGUGGAAUGAACAGAUGGUCUCAUUAGUCCAGUUUUGUGAGGCUGGGUUAUUGUGCUCCUCUUUGACAUGAAGAGACAGAUUCAGUGACACUUCUAGGGUGACACAGUGAGUUGUCAGUGCCAGAAUUUUAACCCAGUCUGUCUCUGACUGCAAGGCCUGAAUUUCCACCUCACCUGCCAUCUCAUUCCAGGAUCUGCUGUGAUGAUGUCAGCCAAGUGCCAGGAAAUCUGACCCAUGAGGCCCGGAAAGAGAAGACCUUUAAGUUGUGGAGGGGUAAUCUGUGUAGCCGAGUUUCCCUUUGGCUUCUGGGACCUGAGGCAGACCUGGAGUAGACUUGGCCCCCUCCUGCAGACCCAUGAUACACCGGCUACAGAUAAGACUGCUGACAUGGGAUGUGAAGGACACACUGCUCAGGAUCCGCCGUCCUGUGGGAGAAGAAUAUGCCACCAAGGCCCGGGCCCAUGGGCUGGAGGUAGAGGCAGCCACCCUGGAACAGGCCUUUGGGCAGGCAUUCAGGGCUCAGAGCCACAGGUUCCCCAACUACGGCCUGAGCCAUGGUCUUACCUCCUGCCAGUGGUGGUUGGAUGUGGUCCUGCAGACUUUCCACAUAGCAGGUAUUCAGGAUGCUCAGACUGUGGCCUCCAUUGCCAACCAGCUGUACAAGGACUUCAGCAAACCCUGCACCUGGCAGGUGUUGGAGGGGGCUGAAUCCACCCUGAAGGGGUGCCGAAAACGAGGUCUUAGGCUGGCAGUGGUCUCCAACUUUGACCGGCGGUUAGAAGACAUCCUGGUGGGUCUUGGCCUGCGGGAACACUUCGACUUUGUGCUUACUUCUGAGGCUGCCGGCUGGCCCAAGCCAAACUCCCGCAUUUUCCAUGAGGCCUUGCAACUUGCUCAGGUGGAACCGGCAGUAGCAGCCCAUAUUGGGGACAAUUACCACUGUGAUUAUAAGGGAGCACAGGCUGUAGGCAUGCACAGCUUCCUGGUGGUUGGCCCAGGACCUUUGGACCCUGUGGUCAAGGAUUCUGUACCCAGAGAACACAUCCUCCCUUCACUGUCCCAUCUCCUGCCUGCCCUUGACCGCCUGGAGGGCUCACCCCCAGGACCUUAGCAAGGGAAGUGGCUGGGCCUAAUAAACACUGGAGACAGACGCCUUCCUUUCUGA